AUGGCAUCAAAAAAGUUGAUAAUUAUAGACACCGAUUGCGGUGUUGACGACGCGUUGGCCAUAAUGUUGGCCACGUAUUGCCACAAACACAAUAUGAUUGACAUAAUGGCCAUCACCUGUCAAUUCGGUAAUACAUAUAUCGAUAAUGUGAUCAAAAAUGUCGGCUAUACUCUCAAUGCUACUAAUACUGAAGGAAUUAAGAUAUACAGGGGUUGUGAGGGACCAAUUGUUGGCAAAUGUUUUUUCGAUGAUUAUUAUGGCCAGGAUGGUUUAGGCGGAUCUACUAAAGACAUGCCUCCCAUUGAUGUGCACAUAGAGAGUGAACACGCGGUCAAUGCGUUGGUACGACUGGCCAGAGAGCACCCGAAGCAAAUCACCUUGAUCGCUUUGGGACCACUCACUAAUAUAGCGCUCGCAUAUAUGUUGGACAACAACUUCUUUGACAAUUUAAAAGACAUUGUGUUUAUGGGCGGAACCAUUAACUUCGGCGGUAAUAUCGGUCCUCUCAGAGAAUUUAAUAUAGCGGGUGAUGUGGAGGCCUGUCAUAUAGUGCUGUCCAAAGCCAAGUGUCCCAUCAUUGGUGUACCACUGGAAUGCUGUGAUAGCAAUCGAUUAACCUGGGUCAGAUAUACUAUACGCUAA